AAGGAUCUUUCAUACUUAACUCUGCUCUGAAAAACGAGAAAGCCUCUCCUCUGUGGAAUUGAAAUAGAUAUUUGACAGUUGCCUUGAAUAAAAAUUAAGCAAAAAUGUCUGUCAUAGAUCCUUACCAGCACAUUGUGGUGGAGCACCAGUACUCACACAUAUUCACUGUGACAGUAAGGAAAGCCACAAAUGUCACCAAGGGAGCCAUUGGUGACAUGCUUGACACUCCGGACCCCUACGUGGAGCUGUUCAUCCCGACCGCCCCCGACUGCAGGAAGAGAACGAAGCAUUUCAACAACGACGUGAACCCCGUGUGGAACGAGACCUUUGAGUUCAUCCUGGACCCCAACCUGGAGAAUGUCCUGGAGGUUACUCUCAUGGAUGCCAACUACGUUAUGGACGAGACUCUUGGCACAUCCACAUUUCCCAUCUCUUCUCUGAAACUGGGAGAAAAGAAGGAGGUCCAGUUGACUUUCAAUGAUGUCACAGAAAUGACUUUGGAACUGUCUCUUGAAGUAUGCUCUUCCACAGAUCUCCGGUUCAGCAUGGCCCUGUGUGAUGAGGAGAAGAAAUUUCGGCAGCAGAGGAGAGAUAACAUCAUGCACAGCCUCAAAUCAUUCCUAGGAGAGGAAAACAGCAAGAACUUGACCACUGCCCGUGAUGUCCCAGUCAUAGCAAUCCUGGGCUCGGGAGGUGGAUUUCGUGCCAUGGUGGGGUUUGCUGGAGUCAUGAAAGCACUUUAUGAAUCCGGAGUUUUGGACUGUGCCACUUAUGUUGCUGGGCUCUCUGGAUCCACCUGGUACAUGUCGACUUUGUAUUCACACCCAGACUUUCCAGCAAAGGGCCCAAAAGAGAUCAAUGAAGAGCUGAUGAACUCUGUGAGCCACAACCCCCUCCUGCUGCUCACUCCUCAGAAAGUCAAACGCUACAUCGAAGCCCUGUGGAAUAAGAAGAGUUCAGGGCAGCCUGUCACCUUCACAGAUAUCUUUGGAAUGCUGAUAGGGGAAACACUUAUCCAUGAUAGAAUGGACACCACUUUGAGCAACAUGAGAGAGAAAACCAAUAAUGCCCAGUGUGCUCUGCCACUCUUUACAUGUCUCCAUGUGAAACCAGACGUGUCAGAGCUGAUGUUUGCAGACUGGGUGGAAUUCAGUCCCUAUGAGAUUGGUAUGGCCAAAUAUGGCACUUUUAUGUCUCCUGAUUUGUUUGGCAGCAAGUUUUUUAUGGGGACAGUGGUGAAGAAGUACAAUGAAAAUCCCUUGCAUUUCCUCAUGGGUGUUUGGGGCAGUGCAUUUUCCAUAUUAUUUAACAGAGUGCUUGGUGUCUCCAACUCUCAGAAUAAAGGUCCCACCAUGGAAGAAGAAUUAGAAAAUAUCAGGCUCAAGCACCUCGUAAGCAAUGACAGCUCAGACAGUGAAGAUGAAUCACAGCAUCCAAAAGGCACCGGGAGCGCCGAGGCCCGGCCGGAGCAGCCGGAGAGCAGCCAGGAGAGCAGCCAGGAGAGCUGGGUGCAGCGCAUGCUCAUGGCCCUGGUGGGGGACAGUGCCCUCUUCAACACCCGGGAGGGCCGUGCUGGCAAGGUGCACAACUUCAUGCUGGGGCUGAACCUGAACAGCUGCUACCCCCUGUCCCCCCUGGCAGAGCUGCUCACCCAGGAGUCCGUGGAGGAGGACGAGCUCGACGCGGCCGUUGCAGAUCCUGAUGAGUUUGAGAGGAUCUAUGAGCCACUGGAUGUGAAAAGCAAGAAGAUUCACAUUGUGGACAGUGGGCUGACGUUUAACCUGCCAUACCCCCUCAUCCUGAGGCCUCAGAGAGGCGUAGAUCUCAUCAUCUCUUUUGAUUUCUCAGCAAGGCCAAGUGAUUCCAGCCCUCCUUUCAAGGAAAUUCUGCUGGCUGAGAAAUGGGCUCGAAUGAACAAGCUGCCUUUCCCCAAAAUAGACCCCAAUGUGUUUGACAGAGAGGGCCUGAAGGAGUGCUAUGUGUUCAAACCAAAGGACACCUCUUCAGAGAAGGACUGUCCCACCAUAAUCCAUUUUGUCUUGGCCAACAUUGACUUCAGGAAGUACAAAGCUCCAGGCGUUCCCAGGGAAACACAGGAAGAGAAGGAUUUUGCAGACUUUGACAUUUUUGAUGAUCCAAAUACACCUUUCUCUACCUUCAACUUCCAGUAUCCCAACGAGGCUUUCAAGAGGCUCCAUGACCUGAUGGAGUUCAACACCCUCAAUAACAUAGAUGUGAUCAGGGAGGCCGUGCUGGAGAGCAUCGAGUACCGCAGGGAGAACCCGUCGCGCUGCUCGGUGUCGCUGAGCAGUGUGGAGGCCAGGAGGUUCUUCAACAAGAGCCACCUCAACAACAACCACACGUAGAGGCCGUGCCCGGGUCCUGCCCCUGCAGCUGGAGCCACAACCCCUCCAGCAGCUCCUCACCCACCCCUCGACACGUUUGCUCGGGACUUCUCGAGUUUCGGUAUCAUUUUGUACUGCUAGUUUUUUAAACUAAACACAUUUCAGUAUGCUGAGAUCCUGAUUUUAACAGCUGUGCAGUUAGGGGGUUUUUUUUGAGAUCAUCGAGUUCAG